GGGGCGGCCCGGGGGCGGGGGCCGCGGGCGGCCCGGGGCUGGGGAGGCCGCCGCCUCCCUGGGCCUGCCGGGGCGGCCGCCUCCGCGAUGCCGCUGCUAGUCGAGGGGCGGCGAGUGCGGCUGCCGCAGUCCGCGGGGGACCUCGUGCGCGCCCACCCGCUUCUGGAGGAAAGAGCCAGACUUCUCAGAGGUCAGUCUGUUCAGCAAGUGGGACCCCAGGGCCUUCUGUAUGUUCAGCAAAGAGAGCUUGCAGCGGCCUCCCCGCAGGAUGGCUCCAUCUCCAUCCUGGGUUCUGAUGAUGCCACCACCUGUCACAUUGUGGUCCUGAGGCACACAGGUAACGGGGCCACCUGCCUGACCCACUGUGACGGAAGUGACACCAAAGCGGAGGUCCCCCUGAUCAUGAGCUCCAUCAAAUCCUUCUCCGACCACGCUCCGUGUGGAAGGCUGGAAGUGCACCUCGUGGGAGGCUUCAGUGAUGACAGGCAGUUGUCACAAAAACUUACUCAUCAACUUCUUAGUGAAUUUGACAGACAAGAAGAUGACAUUCACUUAGUGACGCUGUGUGUGACAGAACUAAAUGACCGGGAAGAAAAUGAAAAGCACUUUCCAAUCAUCUAUGGCAUCGCGGUCAACAUUAAAACUGCGGAGAUUUACAGAGCCUCCUUCCCAGACCGAGGCCCGGAGGAGGAGCUGCGUGCCGCCCGAGCUCUGACAGGAGGCCCAAUGAUUAGUAUUUACGACGCAAAGACAGAACAACUUCGUAUAGGACCGUACUCCUGGAUGCCAUUUCCACAUGUGGAUUUCUGGCUGCAGCAAGAUGAUAAGCAAAUACUAGAGAACCUCUCCACUUCACCUCUGGCUGAGCCACCCCACUUUGUUGAACAUAUUAGAUCUACCUUGAUGUUCUUAAAAAAACACCCAUCUCCAACCAACGCACUGUUUCCCGGAAACAAGGCUCUCCUCUACAAAAAAAAUGAAGAUGGUUUAUGGGAAAAGAUCCCUUCUCCAGGAAGCUAAACACGGGCAUCACCAAAGAGCAACUUUUGGCCUGAGAGACACCACCAUGGGGACCGUGGGGCCUGGAAAGAAUACGAACCAGAAUCCGCAUCCGCUGAAUCUUAGGUCGCUUUCCUUACUGUCCUUCAAAUGACUUUAAAAAUAAAAUCUUAUUUUCGCGAA